AAACAAAGAGGGAGAGAAAAAUAAGAAGAAGACGGAGAAGCAUGAAAUAUCAAGCACAGAAGUGAAGCUGUACUUUGGUUGUCUUGGUGGGUAUAAAUAGCCACCGCUAACUCUUCGCUGCGAAUUCGCCUUUGCUAGUACAAGAAAAGCCGAACUCACCCUAAAAUCCUCUUUAGGGAUUCUCUCGACAAAAGCUAAGGUUUUUUGUUUUCUUUGAAAAACAAAAGAGAAUGGUGGCUGACAAAGGAAAGAAACUAAAGGUCACUGAAGAAGAAGAGACUGAUCACAUUGAUGGAGAGCUUGUUAUUUCCAUUGAGAAGUUGCAAGAGCUCCAGGAUGAGCUCGAGAAGAUUAAUGAACAAGCAAGUGAUGAAGUGCUGGAAAUUGAGCAGAAGUACAAUGAGGUUCGCAGACCUGUCUACACUAAAAGGAAUGAUAUCAUCAAAUGUAUUCCUGACUUCUGGUUAACUGCUUUCCUGAGUCACCCUGCCCUUUGUGAUCUUUUGACUGAGGAUGACCAAAAGAUCUUCAAGUAUCUGGAUUCUCUACACGUGGAGGAUUCCAAAGAUGUGAAGUCAGGGUAUUCUAUAACAUUUAACUUCAAAGAGAAUCCUCAUUUUGAAGAUACAAAGCUGAUAAAAACCUUUACAUUCUCUGAUGAGGGUACAACUAAGAUAACCGGUACAGACAUAAAGUGGAAGGAGGGCAUGGGCACUGCAAAUGGAGGCAAUCAUGAGAAAAAAGGAAACAAACGACCUUUGGCUGAGUUGAGCUUCUUCAGUUGGUUUGCUGAAACUGAACAGAAGGAGAUCACUGAGCUUCAUGAUGAGGUUGCAGAGAUAAUUAAGGAGGACUUGUGGCCUAAUCCUCUGAAGUACUUUAACAAUGAAGCUGAUGAAGAGGAUUCUGAUGCAGAUGAAGAUGAAGAGGAAAAUGGCGAUGAACAAGAUGAUGACGACGACGACGACGACAACGCUGAAGAUGACAAUGAAGACGAUGAUGCUGAAGAUAAUUGAAAUUUCUCUUGCUUUUGUGGUUUUCUUGUCAAUGAGGGACAAAGUACCGAACUAGAUAAAGGAAGUGGAAUAGCUAAUGAUGUGGAGCUACCUGCGGUUUUGAAUAUUUUUAGCUUUUCAGAGUUUCUUUCAUCGGAUUCUUAAAAGAUUUUUCAUCUAGCUACAGAACAUUUUUUAGAUCAUGCUUUAUCUUCUAUAUAUAAAAGUAGCUGAUAUUUUUAUAA